GUUGUCUCUAACUCCAGGGUUGUCCAAGUCCAUUUUUCCUGAAGAGUCUCCCAGGAAACCUGUGUAAACAAAGGCACCAGAGUUGACUGUGGCACCUCAAAGCCAGGCCCUGCUCCAGGGACGCACCCAACACUUCCAUAUCACCUCAAGGUAAGCCAGGUGCAUUUCAGCCAAGAUGGUCACUUCUGUCCUUGCCCAUAAGUGUGCCCCUCUUUCUGACCAAAUUGUGGGGAUCCAGCUGGUCCUUCUGCCCCCAGGGCUACCUUCCGCCAGCCAGCCCCCAGGAGGUCGCCCUCUGCAGAGUCUCCGAUUGGCACCUGUCUUCCAUCUCUUGGCGUCUUGGGGCCUGUCCUCACUCACAAGGACUGGGCAGUUCCAGAGUACAGCUGAGCCAGCCAGGAGGCAGAGGGAGUGGCCAGAGGGGCUGCGGGGAAGCCCCAGGGUGGCCACCUAACUGAGCCUGGGACUCCCUGAAACAGCCGAUCACCGAAUGCCAUCUAUUGCACUGUGGGAGGAAGGGCGUCUCACGCUGCAGAGCCCUGUGGGCAGCUCCACUAGCCACUGAUGUCCAUCGGGUAAAGGAAUUGGAAGAGUCACAACUUGAAAGAGACUCGUGUCUCUCUACUACCUCUCUGUCCACCUCAGCACACCUCCACAGCCAGAACCUCAGCUUGCAGCCCUGAGGCUGGGGGGCAAGGGCUGGGAAGGAGGCCCGUAGAGCUGUCCCCUCGUGCUCAGACUGCGAUGCAGAGAUGGGGUCCUGGGGAAGGGUAGUGAGGACACCCGCAUCAGAAAGACGAGGACAGGGACCUCAACUGUGAGCCCUGCCUUUUUGUUCCAGCAUUAACUGUGGGGAGGCAGGAGGGGCCUGAGGUUCAGGGACGGUCACUGCUCAGGGUUGUGAUGCUGUGGAGUUGCUAGAUCCUACAGGAGCACGUGACAACUGGCCUGUGAAUGUGGCUGCCUGGAUGAAGGGCCUACGGGCAUUUCUCUGGACAGAAAUAAAGCAGGAAAAAUAAGCAAUUGUCACCUCUCGUCCAGCACUUGUACGUGAGGCCCAGGGAAGCUCCCCCUGUAGACUGGAUCCCAGUGGACAUGACAGAGGCAGGGCCAGGCCGGGGGAUCGCCAGGACGGGUGCCCGUGGAGAAGCCUGGAGGAAGCCCCGGGUGCGCGGCAGGAGGGCUCAUGUGGCCAGCCCUUUCCUCCCUGGGUCCCGGGGUCCCGACUUGGCCAUCUUAAACCUGGGAAGAAAAGCAAAUGGUCACACGUGCCCCUGAGGGUGCUUCCCCCACUUCUCGGCCAAUGGUGGAUGGGAUGUCCCUGAUGGGGGAGCCACUGCUGCUCUGGUGGGGACAGGGCGCCACUUGUUCUAAAGCCUCUCAGAAAAGAAAGGCAGGCAGAGGGGAAAGGAAAAGAAAUGGGACGAGGUGCAGGCGAGAAGGGGCCGUGGCCUGAGCUGCCCACAGGGAACAGGCACCAACGCCCUGGGACAGUCGCGUCACCAGGGGAAGGAACUUGACCCAACAGCAGCCCAGCUCCCGCCUUCCGUGAGGGAGGGCAGGGGCAUCCAGGCUCUGCACUGCCAGCUACUCAGGAUGGCUCCUCACUCCCCGUGGCUAGGGUGGGGCCGAGGCCCACCCAGAGCGAGGGCCCCCAAGAGUGACCAGAGGACUCAGGUGGAAACACUGUUUGCAGGUCAUCUAAGAGGGGGAGACCAGAACAGCACUGAGGGUACAGGUCCUUGGCAACCCGGAAUGUUCCCCAGGGCCCUGGCGGUCACUGACAGAUGUGGGGCCAGGCCCUCAGUGUCCAUUGGUGCACUUGGGAACGCGGAGGGCGCCCCAGCUCCUCAUUUGGUGCUCACCUCCUUGGUCCCUGAGGACAUUCUGGGGGUGGACAUCCUGCUAGGAAAGACAUGGCAGAACCCCAUGGAGGUCCCCAAAGUCCAGGUAAAGCAACGUGGGAGAAGCACGGCCAGACCCCGCUAGGCUUCCUGACCCGAGGUGGGCAGUGCACCCGGGAGGCUCACGGACCUUUCCACCUGCUACAGCUCCUUCGACAGCCCUGGCUGGCCCUAAGACAGCCUUGAGCAUGAGGGAGUCAGGUGGGUGACACCUCCGCGCAGUGACACCUCUGCCCACACCGCCACACCCACACAGCAACGGGAGGACAAGGGCCCCCUCGGCUCUGCACAGCCUCCACUGGAGUUGGCCAGUGCCUUUCCUGGUGCCCCUUUACAGCUGGACUUGCAAGACCAGAGGACGGAGCACGGGCCCCACCAUUCUGGCCCCUGCUGGUACUACUGCCCACUCUCUCGAUAACACGGUGUAACUGGUGGAGAUGGCUGUCAUCCCUGCACAAGGGGAUGGCUGUCCACCCCACAGGAGCCAGGGACCUGGACCAUCCGUGAAGACCCUGUACCACCUCCACACUGACUGACAGGUGGUCUUGCUGGGGGAGCAGGUGGCCUUUACAAGUUCCCUCCAGACACAGAGCUCUGGACUUUGUGGUUGUCUGGUCUCCUCUGUGGACAGCGCCUGUGGAAACACUAGCCUGCAGCGGUACCUCUGUACACACGGGCAUUGGAGGCUCCCUCUGGUCUGCCCUGCCCUGGUGGCCUCUCCUCUCCCAGGCCAAGAUUGGAAGGCUCUCGACAAACGUGCAAACAGGCCAGGCACGAGGGACACGGCCAAUGCCAGCACUUCCCAGAGGUCUCAGCAGGCCCUCGCACACCCUGCCCGGGCUGUCCCCUCACCUAGGACGCUUCACAGCAGGCCCUGUGCGUCACCUAGGCCUAGGCAAAGACAGGACACUCCGGUAACAGGAGAGCUCGAGAGAUUUGGGACCAACGCAAGUGGAUGACCUGGUUCGGGCGCCGAGUCAGCGGGCAGGCAGUGCAGGACAAGCCAAUCACACCGAGGACACUGCCCUCUGGUUCACCAGACCUGCAGGCCGGCUGCAGGUACAGCAGCACGGUACAGAGAGCAGGAUGGGUGGGGCCCUUGGUCACCCCAAUCAGGUCGGGAACCUUGGGCACCUCGGAGUUCACAUGGGCACAAGAGAAGGCCCUAACCACUUCACUGCCCAUCCCAUGGCACCCUGCUCUGAGCAAGAUGGGUGCCCUCUAUAGCAGGAACUGUUACCUCCGUGUUCCUCCCAGCAAGUGGCCUAGUGGGGUGAAGUCACUUCUGAAGCUCUGACUACACUCACCCAGCCUGCGUAGUGACCACCCCCUGGAGGCGUGUACACUGGACCGAGAGCUGCCCCAGGUGGGAGGACGGUGACAUUGUCUAUGUCCCAGAUGCUGGUGCCAUGAUCCCCACUCAUGGCACCCUGAAAGCCCAGGGGACACCUGGUCCCAUCCCUCCUUCUAGAGCAGAUGCUAAGUGGCUGGUUUGGCUCCUGAGGGAGAACUGACUGCCAUUCUUGUCUGCACGUCUGUCUGUCUACUCGUGCUUGGGACUCUACUGUCAUGUCCACUCUGCCUGCACACUGGACCAGUGGCCUGUCCACAUGCCCCCAUGCAAUAUACCACCCUGCAGAAGAGAGGUGCAUGGGCUUCUAAACGUUAGUGGGGGGGACUUGUGGGUCCACGCUGACAUGACCACAGCCAUCUUGAAGCCCAGCCCCUCUGCUCACCCUGGGAAAACGAUUGUCAGUUUUUCCUGCACAGUUUCCCAGCAAACUGUGGCACACAAAGCCACCGGGGUAUGGAGCUUCACACCCAGGCCCUGCUCCGGGGACAAACUGGGGCUUCGACAUCCAGCCAGGACGAAGUCACUUCUGUCCUACCCACAAAUAUGCCCCUCUUACUGACCAAAUUGCUGGGACCACUGGUCUUUCUGCCACCCAGGACCACCUGCUGCCAGAAGUCCCCAGCAAGGGGACUACACAGCACCUGGGGCUGGACUCACAGCACCUGGGGCCUGUCCUCAUCCAGGGUGACGGGGCUGUUCCAGAACAACUCGCGUGCUGGGCCCUUCGGCUUCCCCACCCAGAUGGGCCAGGGAGAAAGGGAAGGCCGCCCACACUGACAUCUCCAUCUGAGCUCACUCCCGCGGUUCCUGCGAACAAGGCACCACACCCGCCCACUUCUAGGGAACUGGCCAGGACACCCUGGGUCCAGCCAGCCAGGCCCCAGAGGACAUAAGGGGAUAUAGGGCCUUCCAGGAGCCCCCGGGCAGUCGGCGUGGGACUGAGCAGAGGAGAGCCAGCUGGCCUAGGAGAGCUGGGGACAGUCACGCUCGACAGGCGGCUGGCAGGAGUGAAGGCUCGCCCCACCCCUCCACCUGCGCCCAGGCUCCUGCCCACGCGCCUGCCAGCCAGCCGAGAUGUUGGGCAUACUGAGCCUCUGGAGAACGGUCAACAGCGUCCUCUUCUACCUGACUCUGGUCAUCGCUGUUGGGGGGCUGCUGGGCAACGGGCUGGUGCUCUGGAACCUGGGCUUCCACAUCAAGAAGGGCCCCUUCAACACCUACCUGCUGCACCUGGCCGCCGCGGACUUCCUGUUCCUGUCCUGCCAGGUGGCCUUCUCCGUCGUCCAGGCCGCGCUGGGCUCCUCCCAGGACACGCUCUACUUCGUGGUCACCUUCCUAUGGUUCUCGGCAGGGCUCUGGCUGCUGGCGGUCCUUGGUGCCGAGCGCUGCCUCUCCGACAUCUUCCCCUCCUGCUACCGGCGCUGCCGGCCCCGGCACGCCUCCACCGGCCUCUGCGUCCUGGUCUGGGCUCUGACGCUGCCCGCCGUGCUGCUGCCCGCCAACGCCUGCGGCCUGCUGCAAGAGGGCACGCGCCUGCUGGCCUGCAUCCGCUACCACGCGGUCAGCGUCGCCUGGCUGCUGUCACUGGCAUGCGUGGCCUUGGGGGCCUGCCUGGUGCUCUUCAUCUGGGUGAACUGCUGCUCCCAGCGCCCGCGCCCCAAGUUCUGUGGCAUCGUCCAGGGCUCAGGGGUCCUGCUCCUUUUUUGCCGCCUGCCCUUCAUCCUCUACUGGAGCCUGCGGCCGAUCCUGAACUUCCUGCUGCCCAUCUUCCUCCCGCUGGCCACCCUCCUGGCCUGCAUCGACAGCAGUGCCAAGCCCCUCAUGUACUUCGUGAUGGGCCGGCAGCCCAGGCAUCGGGAGCCACUGAGGACGGUCCUGCAGAGGGCCCUGGGGGAGGGGUCCCAGCCAGGUGCUGGGGGGCUGUCCCUGCCCAUGGGCCCCGUCUAGGGGGUGGCCAGCCCUCCCCCAUCUCCAGAGCUGUCAGGAGACCCUGCCCUUGCUCAGACCCUUCCAGGACUGUAAGAAGCCCAUCCACCACCGGCUCCUGCCUUGGGACCCAAGGACAGGCCGAGCCUGCAGGGUGAGGCAGGGUGAGAAUCAGGUCUCUGUGGAGAGGACCCAGGGCACAGGGGACACACACCUGCAGGCAGGCCCAGGUCUGCUCCUGCUCCUCCCCACCCAGCCACCUGCAUCCCACACAGGGGGACUGCGGCAUGGGGCAGAGCCGGCACCCUGACCAAGGUGGGGUCUGAUGGCCUGGAGCCCAGGCCUCCGGCUCCUAGGCAGGUGCCCAGUUGCCCUUAGGGGGCCAUGUUCACAUCCUGCUCCGGGGCCAUGCAGCUGAUUCUUCACUAAAGCCUAUUCUUCAACUGAGUUGCUGGUUCCCCUCCCUCACCCUCGUGGGCAGCCCCAAAACCCCAGGUCCAGAGUCCCACUCACAGAUGGCUCCGGUGACCAUACAGGCCGCCUUCCCAACUCUGCCUCCUGGUGUCACCAGCACAGGCCACCAGAUGGCGCUGCCUCACCACCCUGCUGACCCCGCGCCGCAGGCUCGGCCUCCCCACCAGCCUCUCAGGAGCCUGAGGACCCCCCAGGCCUGCAGGGCGCACUGUGAGGGCCCCGCCCGGCCCCUGCCCCAACUCUGCUCACCUGUAGCCAUGCCUGGGGUCCCCCCACCGCAGUUGUGCCUAGCCAGCUCGACCCACAGAGUUCAAGAAAGA